GAGCGCCGAGAGAGUAAUAUCGAGACUUGUGAUUUUUCUCAGAGAUUUACAUUGCGCAAUCGAAUAAAUUGAAAAUAAACAGAGAUGAAAAAGCCUCCUUUACAGACACUCUAAUGUACAGGAUUCAGGUGAUACGGAAACGAGGCUAAUUAAAUUCGGCAACGAAAGUUUUUAGUGCAGCUUAAUAUGAUUACCUUACGAGGAAAGCUCAAAAAGGAUAAUGACAUAGCGAAUUCAAAGAGCUACAACAGGCGAGUCUCGAUACGAGAUAAAUUACUGAUCAAAGAGGUGCAGGAAAUGGAGCAGACAUUGCCAGUAACUUGUCAGGUCACAUUCAAAGAUCCACAUCGUCUUUAUGAAUUUAUCUUGCUAAUUAUACCAGAUGAGGGAUACUGGAUUGGUGGCCAUUUCUAUUUUCAAAUUUAUAUAAGUGAAGAGUACAACAUGGCGCCGCCAGUAGUAAAAUGCUUAACGAAAUUAUGGCAUCCUAACAUAAGUGAGGAUGGUGAUGUAUGUCUAUCCAUUUUAAGACAAAGCAGCAUUGAUGGAAUGGGAUGGGCCCCAACACGCAAACUGAAAGACGUCGUAUGGGGUUUAAAUUCUCUUUUCACUGAUCUCCUAAACUUUGAUGAUCCUUUAAACAGAGAUGCAGCAGAUUUGUUUAUUAAGGAUAAAGAGUCUUUUCGAAAUAAAGUUAAAGAUUAUGUAAUGCAAUAUGCAAAAAGAUGAUUUACAUUGUAAUAUUUUAAGUAACAAAUAAUUCUUUACAUUUUUUAAAUUGGUUUUGUGCUUCUUUUUAGUGUAUGAGUACAGAACUUGCUCAAAUGUGCUUUAGGUUGACUUUGGUUUAACACGAUUUAAUUUUGCUAGUCUUUUUGCCUGAAAUAGACUGUUCUUUCAGUUUUAUACAAUCAAAGUCUUGGACUGUUGUAACAAAAUUACAUUAAUAUAUAUUAAUUGACCUAUAUUAUGUGUAUAAACGAAAUAUAAAUUAAAAUAUGUUUCGAAGAUAAAAAUUACAUCACGUGUACAAUGUUUUUUUUUCUCUUGAUGAGACAUUGUAAUGCCAACAAGCAAUUGUAAAUAAAGUGGAUGUUUAAUAAUA